GCAAUACAUCAAUAAAUUUCCGGGAAUUUAUAAAACUGUCACCACCUCUUUUCUUAUAUACGAGAGAGACAUAUUUCGGGUAUACGUUGUUGUCUCUUCUUAGUGAUAAAUUCUCUAAAAGGAUACCAUCUGCUACUGUUCAUCCUCGAAGUUCUUUCUCGCAAACGAUGAAAUGCAACUGUUGAUUACGGUGUGGAAUCGAGAGCCAUGGUAUAGAAGCCGUAUCGGUCGAUCCAGAGAUAUUGUUGUCGAGGUGGAUGACUGUGAUACUGUUGGUGACGUUGCAAACAAGUUGUCAGCUAGACUUGGCAUUCCGCAUUCUAACUUUCUCCUCAUUCUUUGUGGAAAUAAAUUGACCAACGACACACCAAUCAGUGCUCUAUUUCUCGGACCACAAACUUCGCUAACAGCAGUGGUCACUCAACUGUGUUCAUCAGAAGAAGAGGCGAAGCAGAAAAGUGAAUCGUCGUCAUCUCUCGCAAAUAACAGAUCAUCUGAAAUCACAUCAUUUAAGGUCUUUUGUAAAAAUUGCAGUUCGUUGAAGGAUGGCAAAUUGCGGGUUUACUGUGCUGAAUGUUCGUCCAGUUCAUUGAUUGUAAUUAGAGAGCCUUCUAGUUGGAAGGACGUCCUCUCAAUAAAUACCAUACAAACCGACUGUAAAGAUUGUGGGAAAGAGACGACAGCACGUUUUUGCUUCAAAUGUACCGAUUGUGGCCAGAUAGCAAUACCGCUAACGCAUGUUCGAAAUUCCCAUGGAUUGGGCAGUUGUUCGAUAUGUUUUGAUUCGCAUAUGAAGACUGUUGUACAGUUGAACUGUCAUCAUCACACAUGCGUGGAAUGUUUCUCAACCUAUAUCAAAAAAGCUUUUGCUGAACAUCAAUUCGAAUUUAUUCCACCAAACGGUUAUACCGUCGGUUGUCCGGUCUACGACUGUCGUGGAUGUGUUGUCGACGCACAUUGUUUUUAUCUAUUGGGCAAAUCGAAUUAUAAUGAAUAUCAGCGACAGGCAGCAGAACGUUUCGUUAUUCUGGAACGAGAAGGAAUGUUUUGCCCAAGAGCAAACUGUGGUGCUUCUUUCCUGUGGGAGUUUGAUCCAACAAAUCCUAAGAUAACUUGUCCGGAGUGUUAUUUUUCGUUUUGCGGCUUGUGUCGACAGUUAGAAUGUAUUUGUUUGGAAUCAAAUGCAACUAAGAAGAUCAUCGAGCGUACAUGUCGUAGAUGUCCUUCUUGUGGUUCUCCAACAGAGCGAAAUGGUGGCUGCGCUCACAUGCACUGUGUACAGUGUGGUGAGCAUUGGUGCUUUUUAUGCGUCAAAUCAUGGAGUGAAGAUUGUCAGUGGAAUCACUGGUUCGACUGAUGUAUUUUUUUCUUUCAAACAUAAUUGUUUCUUUAUUGUUAGAACUAAAUAUCUGAUGACGCAGUAUACAUGAAAAUCUUAUGCGAGUGAAAAUAUGAUGUGAAACUUCGUCUUAUUUCGGGAGUUUCACCUAUCUAGUUUGAACGUUUUCCAGUAUGGAAGGUUCAAAAUUUUUUCUCAACUAGGAGUUACAGAAAUCGUAUUCCUAUCAUAAAAACUGUUGUGUUUGUUAUUGUAUCUCCAUGAGCUUUAUUUUUCAAUAAUUCUGAAAAAGAAGUCCGGAAGCGGGAAGCGCCAUAUGUUAGCAACUGUUAUUUUGCAAACUAAUC